AGUUAAGCAGCUCAAGUAUUGAUAGCAGUAAUAGCAGUCCGUGAAACAGUUUUGCGGCAGCGGACCCCAAAUGGCAGCACCUGUCAGUCAAGUCAUAUGUCACGAGGCAUCAAAUGCUCCUAGCAGCAGGUAUGCCUUGUCCAGCAAGAGUUUCGGUAGCUGGGAUCGCAGUAGAAAACGACCAAGAGAUUCCCUGGAGAAGACAAGAGAGAGAAUCAACAGUGUAACAGUACCUGGGGUUGCUAUUGCGGAUGCCAGGAUCUUGUCGGUGCAGAGCCAAGAUGAAGAGACAGAUCAGAGUUUCGGGAGUGUUCCUCUAAUAAUUCCUCGUCACCUUAGAAUAAGUCGCAGGAGUGUCUGUGAAAGGUGCACCAGGGGGAGGUCCUCUCUGCUGGUGUUUGUCUUGAGUUUCAUAGCUUUCUAUGCCUUCGGGGCAGCCAUCAGUGGUCUACUUGAUUUCUUCUCCAUUGAAAGAAUAUCAGGAGAUAUUAAUCACGUGCAUACCCACUUCAUCAAGCACGUUGUUCAGUACGGGAUCACCCGUUUAUUCUACCCACUCUCCGGUUUAAUAGCGGAUGUCUACAUUGGGAGGUGCAAGAUGCUCCAUACCGCCCUUCUACUGCUGUUGAUUGGUUACUUGAUCGUAGUUGUGCUGUUUGUAUUGGUAGGUCAGAGCAGCAUACCGGGUUCCCUUUUGAGCAACUGUUUUGCUGGAGUGGCAUUCCUGUUAAUUAGCAUUGGUGGAGGGGCUUUUGAGGCAACUAUAAUCCCUUUUGGUGUUGACCAGCUCCAGGGAGCAUCGUCAGCUGAAAUCAGCUCCUAUUUCUACUCGUUCUAUGCAAGCUGCAACCUGGGGAUGAUAAGUGGUGUAUUUGUGUCUUACUCUGUCUUGGGCAUAACUCUCUCGCAGAGCAAUGGACUUGAGCUGAAGCAGCUCUACAGUGUUUUUGAGCCGCUGGUCACGACAGUAAUACUGAGUGUUGGACUCAUUCUGAUGAUCUGUUUCCACCACUGGUUCUUCAAGAACACUCUGUGGGAGAACCCAGUCAGACUCAUUGCCAGGAUCCUCUGCUACGCUGCCACGGUCAAACGUCACCUCCCAGUCCGCAACAGAGCCUUCAGGUACGAGAAGAGAGGAAGAAUAGAAUCGAACUGGCAAGAUCACGUACGACGGAAAGUUUCCCGACGAGAAAGUGGAAGACGUGAAGGCUUUCUGCCGCAUUUUGUUCAUACUCCUCACAUUGUUUCCUACCUUCUUCUGCAAGAGCUCAUUUGAUACCCUACUUUCUCAAGAAGCUGCCAUGGCUCUAGAGUAUUGGCAUCCUAACCAAAAGCUCAACAUUGACAUGUACCCGAGUGUGUACUGGGGGGUGAACAGCAUCACUAUCCUACUGUUCCUACCAGUAGUAAACUUCCUGGUCAUUCCGAGUUUCCCAAAGCUGACAAUAAGAGCAAGGAUUGGAAUAGGACUGGUUCUGUAUUGCAUUGGGAGUGUGGUGGUUUUGAUAAUCCAUGCAGUCCCACUGGCCAACCACAAACAAGGGACCAUCUCCAACGUACAACUUGGCUGUAUCUUCAUCCCCAUUGUUAUAUUUGCCAUGGCUGAAGUAACAACCUUAGUCUCAGUGCUAGAGUUUAUAUAUGCACAGUCUCCAGAGAGUAUGAAGGGACUCCUGACUGGACUCUACUACCUAUUCCGCGGUCUAUCUUCAACGGUCUCAUCUGCCCUGUUUUUACUCUACAAAAACAGCAUCAAAAACAGAGAGCUCUCCCCAUUCUACGCAGUAUUCACAAUCGUUCAGGUUGUGGGGUUAGUCUUUUAUGUGGCGGCGGCUACUUUCCACAAGAAUCGACUGCGACAUGACGAUAACAGUCUUCAGGAGAGACUAAUCAUUGAAAACCAACUGCACGGUAGCACUGUCGCUUAACAGUUGAAAUGUGUCUUUAAAAAGAUCGGGAUUUUGUAUGCAUGAUUGUAACACACCAAAAGAGAAACUCAUU